AAUUCAUACAAAUAACACAUGUGAAAUAAUGUGAACUGCAUCUGAAGUGUAGGCAUACGUUUUUAAAGUCCUGUAUUUUCACAAUAAUUAAUAUUAUCCUAGUAUGUGGGUAAAUUUUGUAUCUAGUUAAAAAUUACUGUUAAAAAACGUAAUUGGUACACGACUUCUCUUGCGCACAGACCCAGUUCACUUUGAAGUUUGAGACCCUGAGUUCAGUCACUGAAACUCACUGGUCACAAAAAUUCAGCCUCACACACAAUUCACAAUCUGUUCUCACUGUCACAACAAUGUAAAAAUGUAAUGUGAACUGCAGUGUAACUGAGUAUUAGCCUCGUCUGUUGAGCAUAUUUCAUAAAAGCUAAAUGUUAAAUAUCCUUUAGAAAGUCACACUCACACUGUAAUUAUAAUUAUGUUAAUAUGUUUUUUGUUUUUAUCAACUAAACAAAUCAAACGUCAUAUAUAAUCAUAAACAUGAAUCCAUUAUUAUUAACAAUUAAGAGAUUAUUAAGUGAGGAACUUUAAUAAUAAUUAGCUUCUUUAAUAUUGAAUACCGUACUGAAUUGAGGCCAAAAAACUACCCUCUACUUGUACUACUACUACUCAGAACUACACUGUCUUAUUUUAGAGGUUGAGUUAGACUAGUUAAUAAGAGCUUCUAUAGUGACUAUGGUCCAUGGUCUCUAUUAUGAUUACUAUAAUAACUAUAGCCUAUACUUUAUUAAUUAUACUAUAUUUAGUUGUCUAAGAAGAAAGAAAUGUUUAAUUAAAGUUUAAUUGUGAUUUCUUAUCUGGUUUUGCAGGCAUUAUUUACGUGUCAUGAGAUAAAUCUUAUCUUUAAAAAAUACUUUUGGCAGGUAUAUCAGCCCAAAAGCAACAUUAUUAAAGUGUACAGAAAUAGUCAUUGAACGUUUUUAAAGAUGAAGAACAAACAUACCUCACCUCUGAAAAGGCCUAAAUCAGCAGUUGGUCAAAUGACUAAUUCAAAAAAAUCUGGCGUUAAAGAUGUUUCAAUGACGCCUGAUACAUUUGAACGGUCACAAUCAAGAGUAAAAAAGACUGGCAUCAGGAGAAGGCGUUCUCUUUAUGAUUCUAAUAUGACAACUCAAGUGGUUGGGAAUCUUUCUCAAGACUCUCAAGGUUUGAUAUAGCCUAAAGCUUUUUCAUUUAUCAAACUAAAAAAUAUUUAACAUUAUUGCGAUUAAAAUGUGCACACAUUUUCGUAAUUCAAGAUGGUCAUGCGUCACACAAAACAAAGAUACUAAAAAUGACUCCAUACCAAGAUCCAUGAAAUAAAUUUAUAUAAUACCAAAUUUUAUGCAGUUUAAUUUUUGGAUGUUGUGUCCACUUUUACCUGGAAUUCACCUUCAUUAAAUACCUGUACAUUGUUAUUGUUUUUCAGAAACUUACAUGCAUUUACUAUCAGUCUUAUCUUUCUAGUCAAAACUUUGUGUUAUUUAGAAGUAUAAAAUCAACACUAAGAAUCUUAAUUUGACUAUAUUGUAGCUUGAGUUGUUACAUGAAUUUAGUUAUAUAGACUUCAGUUUCAAUUUUCUAUCAGUUUUUUUAAUUCCCAAUAAACUAUGUGAUCAUGCAAUUUUUACUUGGACGGGAAAAUAUUUAAGGUAAUUGAAUUUUAAUAUUUCUUCAGAAGAGAGCAUACUUGAGCAGACGCCUAUUACACUCAGUCAAAUAAGUGUCAUUGAUCCCUCACAAAAUGAUACACUUACUUCAACAUUUAGAAAGAAGAAAAAGGCACAACAGACCUCUGAUGAUACAUUAGAGAUGGCUGUACACUAUGCCAGAGGAGAACCAGAUGGUGCUGAAAGGUAUCACAAGUUAAAAAUGUAGUUUUGAAAUAGUUAAUAUUCCAUAUUGGAUAAUCUUAACUAUUUGUCAAAAUGUAUUAGGUUUAGGCUUCUAGGAUCAAGGAACUACAAACUUCUAGGUUCAUUCAAAAAAAAAAUCCUUUUCCCUCCUAUCCUAAUUAAAGUUUUAAAAGUUUAAACAUUACUUAACUCUUUAAUAACCUAUUGAAAAUUUUUUUAAACGUAUAUGUAUGUACAUUCUGUUUUAUAUUUUUUAUGUGUUUGUGAAUAAUUACAGAUCAUUUACUAGAAGGCAGUUGUCACAAAUUUCUUUAAAUGACAGUGACGCUCAUGAUGAAGAUAUGGACGUUGAUGAGGAUCAUGACAUGGCAGAUGAAAAUGAGACACCAUCACCAUCUAAGAAAUCUAAGGUUGCAGUAAAGUCAACAAAAUCUCAGAAACCUGAGAAAGAGAAGGGAAAGAAGGCUGCUUUGAAAGUAAGUAAUUGAAAUAUGAAUUUUAUUUGACAGUUAAAAGGGUUAUUUUUCAAGAGCGUUAUAUGGUUGUGUUCCAUCAUCAGAAAUAACAUUUAUUAUUAAUAUAUUUAUCUUUUUACUUAAAGAUUCCAUUCAAACAGGCUGCUAAGAAGUUAAAAUCACUAAAGAGUGCGGGAGAAACUCAUAAGAUAAAAAAACAAGUGAAUAAGAACUUUGAAGCAUUACCAGAUGAGACCACUGGUAUGUUUGAUGUCUGAUCAUUUACAACAAUGUUCAUUUCCUUAUAUUGAUACUUUUUUAUUUAUUCUGUAAUUGUAAUAUCUAAAUCAAUUUGUCUAGUAAUAUCAGGGGAUUUGAAAGUAAUUUUUGAAGAUUCCUUGAUUUCCUUUACAACUAUGCUAUAUUCAUUAUAUUUUUUUCUUUCUUUUUCAUAUCCCUAGAAUCUUUUCAAUGAAAAACUCUUGAAAUAAACAAAAAAAAUUAUGUCUUAAUCUAUAUUCUUUCCUAGUCCCUAAAACUCCAAAACAGACUCGUAAGGAGUUGAAGCAGCAGCGCAAAAUGGUAAAAAAUAACUAUGACCUCAUCGAGAAUGCCAAGAAAUCGUGGGAGGAACUUCGAAGGUGAUGAGGUUAUUUAAAAAUCUCUUAAAAAUGAUUUCAAUUUUUCAGAUAGUUUAUUUUCCAUUAGUUUGCAAACCAUGGAAUGCAUUUAAGCAUAUUUGUUAAAAUUACUCAAAUAUUUCAGGCUUGACCUCCCAGCAGCUAAAAGGAAAAAGAUCUGUGAUGAUUUAAUGAAAAUGGUAGUGGGGAAGGUUAAAAAUGUGAGUAACCCUAAGCCAUGCUUGUUCAAGUGUUUUAAAUUAUUAUUUUAUGCUAUUAUUAAAAGUUGCGUAAAUAGUUUUUCUACCUCUUAAAACAGAUACACUUUUAAUAUUAUUUUUUUUUCACAUCAGAUCUUGUGUAGAAGAAAAAUGAUAGUUCUCAGCUAUAGUAAUUAAUUAUGAACACGAGUUGUCAUUGCCCUUUGUCAUGAUUCUCAAUCACAAAAUUUCUUAAGAAAAGUAUUACUUUUUCUGUGUGACUUUUCAAAAAUUAAACAUUUUUUUUUAUAUUUUAAUAUUUUCUCUAGAUAUAAUUUAAUUUUAUCAUUAUUAUAUUUUAAAAGCUGUCACUGGUUCACGAUUCAGCCCGAGUGAUCCAAUGUCUUAUUCAGUAUGGAACAGAAGAGCAACGUAACAUAAUAUUUGAAGAAUUGAAAAGUAUGUCCUAUAGCAUCAACAUUUUUCUAUUAUUAAUCCCAUUGGUUUAGUCUUGUCAACUGAAGGAGUGCAGCUUUUGAUAUCCACUAGUGCUUUAUUUUAACACCUAAUUUCUUUGAGUACGAUUUAUUUUUGCAAGUGGGAUCCAAAGUUUUGUUGUUAAAUCUAGAAAUCUAGAAAAUAUCAUCCUAGUAUUAAUAAUAAGGAUGCAAGGUUUUGUGGUUGAAUCUAGAAAUCUUAGUAUUAAUAAUAAGGAUGCAAGGUUUUGUUGUGGAAUCUAGAAAACAUCAUCUUAGUAUUUAUUAUUAUAAGGAUGCAUAGUUUGUUCUUGUACUAUGUUGAAAUAUUUAAUUAAAUAUUACCGGGUAUUUGAUCUUUUCCUCAACCUUUUAAUGGUUGAACUAUGUCUUUAUUUUUCAUUUUUUAACAUUAUGCACUUUGUUUUUUUGCAAAAUUUAAAAAAAAAAAAUCUAAAAUCAACUUGAUAAGUUUCAAGCAACUCUGGUACUUCUUUUUUAUUGCCAGAUGAUAUAUGUGAGCUUUGCAAGCAGAAGUAUGCCAAAUAUGUUGUGAGGAAGUUGAUUCAUUAUGGGUAUGUUCUGGAAAAUUACAUCAUCGUCUUAAGUUAUAAUCCUAAUUGAUUAAUUAGUUGGUUUUUUUUCAAUUUUUGAUUUAACACAAUUAUUACUUUGUACUAAGCCAAACAUUUUUUUUAUAUCAGUUGUAAUCAGUUAAGGUUUAGUUAACCAUUCAGGUGUAUUGUUUAUAACCUCAAAGCUCAUUUAUUUCAUGUUUCAGCACAAAAGAGCUCCGGGCUCAAAUGUUCACAAGUUUCCAUGGCCAAGUUCGUAAGCUGAUCAGACACAAGGUUGGUAUGUUUCAUAUCAGCGUGAUAACUUUUCGGUUAGUAAAUUAAUUUAUUUUUAAAACCACCGCAUAAUUUUUCACUCAUUUAGAUUAGUGCUGAUAAUUUUUGUUUUUUGUUUUAGGAAGCAUCGGACAUUAUUGAGUACGCUUUUAAUGAGUAUGCAACGGCUCCACAAAGACUGGCCAUUCUAGAAGAGUUUUAUGGACCCACAUUCUCUAUGUUUAAGGUAAUUCACUGAAGUUUGGGUGUGAUUCAGUGAAUAAUUUAUGUAUGAAACAGUAAUGUAAGCUUAUGGUAUUAAAUUUAAUUUUUAAGGGAUUAACGUGUAAGAAUCUUCAGAAUUUGAAAAAUCUUGUUAAAUUUAGAAAACAUAUGCCAAGUUACAGCAACAAGGUGCAAUUAUUUUAUUUUGAUCUUAAAUUUCUGUGUCAGGAACGUGUGCAUCAGUCGCUGGAUCAGAUUAUGGAGGAACAGCCUGAAAAGAAAGACAUGGUCAUUAGGAGUAUGCGAGAGGCACUUAUGCCACUCAUUGACAAGUAAAUAAAGUCAUUUGGAAUUGUAAAUUGCUGUUAAAAUACCUAAAUAUCUUUAUUUCUUUUACUUUUUUUUUCAACGUAAUUUUUUAAACUGUUAGUAACGCAUUUUUUAUUAAAUCUGUAUAUUUAAAGAGUGUGUGUUCCCUUAAUUGAUAAUGAUUUUUAAUUCUAAACAAUUUUGUAUUUGUUUUUUUUAGGGAAAUCCUCAGUUAUUCAUUAGUCCACAAAGUGUUUCAUGACUUCUUUGCAUAUGCAGAUGACAAAUCAAAAAAGGUAAUUUUUAAGAUUUUGUGUUUAGCUAGAAUCUUAUAGUUACACAGGCAAACAUUUUUUUAAGCUCUUGAGUUGCAGUAAUUGCAUCUGAAUUUCAAUUAAAUUCUUAAUAACAUAAAACUGCGACAGCCUGAGAGAAGCUGUGAUUUUUCUCAAAAAAUAUCUUUACUACUGUGCUAGACGAAGCACUUAGAUUGAAUACAGGCUUUUUAAACAAGUAAAUAAGGGUUAAUUUUGUUUCUUACAUGGUGGGAUUAAUGGCAAAGUAUUUUUUAAAAAUGUCUUACUAAAGAUUUACUGGAUAAAACUUUUUUUUUAACUAAAACUUUGCCAUUUCAGGAGAUGAUUGAAGGCCUCAGAGAACACAUUCCAAAUCUUGUGCAUACAAAAGAUGGGACUAGAGUAGCCAUGCACUGUGUGUGGUCAGGAUCAACCAAAGACCGCAAAGUCAUCAUUAAAAGCUUGAAGACUCACAUUGUAAAAAUAUGUAAAGAAGAAUUUGGACAUCUGUUACUCUUGGCUAUCUUUGAUACUGUUGAUGACACAGUAUUGAUGCAAAAGGCUAUUCUUGAUGUAAGCUAUCAAUACUAGUGUGUGUAUAUAAAACGGAACCAUCAGUGAUUUUUGUACAGUCCCAUUUUGCACCGUUAAAUGGAAUAAACUAAUGGGCUACAUCUAACAGAAAAUACUUUUGAUCUUGAGAUGUAUUAAACUGCUUGGGUUUUUAGUAAUUUUUGUUCACAGUGUUAAUAAAUAAUUCCCUUAUGUAAGCAACAAAAAAGUCCUUAAUUACUUUUUUAGAAAGUCAUGAGUAGGAUAAAAACUUGAGGGAAGUGGGUAACAUAAUUUUUUUCUCCAUAAAUUUCCACUUUCAAAUUAUACAAAAUAUGGAUGUAAAGCAAUCUUUUAUUGUGUAACUUUCAUGAUAAAUUAAAGCUUCUUAUCAACAAGAUUUUAUGAUAUACUUAAAUGGAAGUUAAAACUGAAUAAACUUCAAUGUUUUUUUUACACAUUGCAGGAGAUGCUAAAAUCAAUGGAUGAGAUGGUAAUAAAUGCCCAUGCACGUAAAAUCUUACUGUAUCUGUUGGCACCAAGAGAGUUGAAUCACUUUCAUCCUGAUAUUGUCUCAAUUUUACAAAAAGGGGAUAGUAAUCCCACCAGGUGAGCAUAUUUACAGAUUGUUUGAACUUAGCUGAAGUGACUUAGCUUUCUUAAUCUGUGUACUGGUCAAUUUUUAAAAUAUGUCACUGACAAGCUCAGAUGGUGGAGUUAUGAGCGCCUGCACUGUGUCCAUGUCUUUUAUCUUUAAACAUUUUUACACUUUUUGAUGGUUGUGCGAACAACUUGCGCAUUAAUUUUUUUCUCCAUAAUUUUUGUACUUUAAGUUAUGAUUUGACCUAUGUUGACCUUGAUGUGCUUAUUCUAAAACUUUAGGCAGUCAUCAAGUCUAAAACUUAAGGCAAUUAUCAGGUCUUUUAUUCACUGAAAUAAGAUUCAUGAAGGCAGACUUAAUAUAUGACUUUAAAAAAAAAAAACACUGAAAUUCGCUCAAAUUAAAACUUAGCGAAAUGAAGAGUUUAAUGUUGUUUUACAGUGUGCUCAUUACCAAUAACUAUUGAAUUGUUUCUUUCCAUUUAUAUUGGUUUACAUAGUAUUCAUUUUAAAUUUUUUAUUAGCCAGACUCUCUUAAUAAAAUGCAAAAAAAAGCUACAUUUUAUUUUCUGGACCCAUCUAUCAAACAUCUAAUGCACUAAACAAUUUCCUCUUAUAGACUUCCAAAUUACUUAUCAUUUUCAGCAAGAAAGACAAGACUAUUCGAGCAAAGGAGCUGCGGGACUACAUGUCACCUCACCUAUUGAAGUACCUUGAGACAAAUGCCAAAACAAUGAUGAGCCAAAAUUCUCUGACCCUUGUAGUCAAAUCUAUCAUCACCCAUGCCUCUGGUAAAGAAAUGGUUUUACUUUCACAGUGAUGGUGCCAAUUUAAAUUUGUUUUCUUAGGCAGCAAAAUAAGCUGUGCAGACUGAAACCCAGAUCAAAGGGGCAACUUAGUUACAUAAACCAAAUCUUUAAUUGCUCCUGGAAGCCAAUGUGGGUUUGUGUUUUCACCUCCAAAUUACUUGUUAAUUACCAGUGGUUUUGUAUGCUUCUUUAUACUAUGACCUUCUAUUUGUAUUUUUAAAUUCAGGAGAUGUUGUCCCAGCAAUGAGAGCCAUAGCAGAAUUGGUGGCACAGCCAUGCACAACCACCGAUGGUGCUAUUAACAUGAUUGAACAUCCAGCUUGUCACAUAGCUUUAAAGAAGAUUAUAGCUAAUGACAAGGCCAGAAUGGAAGCGGGCGAAGGCAGUAAGUUGUUUUACAAAUAAAAUGCCAUUUUUAAAAAAAAGAAAAGCAUAAUUAGAAUAUAAUAUUUUUAAUUUUUUGUAGAAGGUGCUUUGAAAGAAAUGUCUCUAGAUAUAAAGAUAAAGUCAACUGAUAUGUAGAAAAAAAAUAUAUAUGCUUUUAUACAAAUUAAAUUAUGCUUUUAAUUUUAACAAUAUUUUCUAUACAGAUUUUCAAAAAAUAUAUAAGAUUGUUUCAGAAAUGGACAUAUAACAUUUUGAAUUCACUUUUUGCAGUUUUAUUUUCUGCAAUUCUUUUGGAAGCGUUACCAAAGUCAGCAAUUAAAGUCUGGGCUGCAAGCAAUAGGGGAUGUUUCAUUCUAGUGAGGUAAGUUGAUAUUACACUUAAAACUUUGUUUAAAAUUACUUUUCUUGCAAACUUAUGUUUUGUAAAAUGUUACCCUGAAAGGAAUUAUUAUUCUAUAAGCGUUUAAAUUAAAAUAAUAAAGAUAUACACUAUCUGAAAUAGACUUUAAGAAUACAGUCAUUUAAUUUCUUCUAAUAGAAGUUCUAUCUUGUUUUGCCUUAUGGGAGAGCCUAUUUCCAUGAUCUUUUUUUUUUUUUUUUGGUAUUUAUAAUUUUAGCCUUCUGGAAGUUGGAUGUUCAACAAUCACAGAAAAGGUCACAAGCCAUCUGCAGCCUGUCCUAAAAUCCCUUAGUAAAAUGACAUUCAAAGGAGCUGAAUUAUUGCUAGCAAAAUUGGAGGAUCCAAAUAAACCCAGAGAGUUCAGAGUGUAACCUUGGUAUAUGUACAUGUGAAGUUCCCAGCAAGUUUGAGACUAUGAAUUUGAGAAUAUUAAUUAUGAUUGAAAUGUCCAUCAAAUAAUACAACUAGGUUUUUUUCUCUCUUGUAAAAAUAACUUGUGAGAAGUGUUAGUUUUAUUUUAUUUUUAAAUUCUGAAUGUAAUUAAUUCUUAACUGUAUUUAAAAUUGUAGGUUCUUUUAAGAUAACAUGAUUAUAAAACUAGAUUUUGGGCCUCCUAUCAGUUGCUAUAUUUCUUUUAGUUUUUCAGUUUUCAUGUGGUUUAUCUGAAAAAUUGUAUUAUUCCACACUGAAAUUACAUUAACUUUGUAUGAUACAAUAAAUUUGAAGUCAAUAAAAUUGAGAAAUUUAUAUGUUGG